AUGGCGUUUACCAUGCACUCGCACUCGGGGCAAUUCUGCCCCGGGCAUGCCAAGGACCAGCUCGAAGACAUCAUUCGUCAUGCCAUCAGCGUGGGAUACAAGACUAUGGGCCUCACUGAGCACAUGCCCCGACUGCAAGUCUCAGACCUGUAUCCAGAAGAGCUCACUGGCGAUCCCGACGAGGCCGUCGCUGUGCUCACACCCCGCCACGAAGCCUACCUCAUCGAGGCUCAGCGCCUGCAGGCCAAGUAUGCCUCCCAGGUCCACGUCCUGAUCGGCUUCGAAGGCGAAUGGUACCGCCCCGCCUACGGACCCUACAUCACGACCCUCGCCGCCCACCCAGCUGUCGACUACUUCAUCGGCAGUAUCCACCACGUCAACGCCAUACCCAUUGACUACGAUGCCGCCACGUACGCCCAGGCACGAGAGUCGUCAGGCGGUACCGAGGAGCGCAUGUACGAGCGCUACUACGACCAGCAACACGAGAUGCUGACCGCCCUGCGGCCGCGGGUUGUCGGCCACUUUGACCUGAUUCGCCUCUUGAGUGAGGAUCCCGGACGAGACGUGAGCGCGUGGGCCGGCGUCUGGCAGCGUAUUGUGCGAAACCUCGAGCUUGUCAGGAGUUUCGACGGCUUGUUGGAAUGCAACAGUGCCGCCCUCAGAAAAGGUCUGGCCGAGCCGUAUCCGAACCGUCUCAUCUCCGAGAAAUGGUUGUCCAUGGGAGGACGCUUUACCUUUUCCGAUGACAGCCACGGCAUUGACCAGGUAGCGACCAACUACUUGCGCAAUAUCGAGUAUCUAGAGAGUCUCGGUGUAUCGACCGUAUACACUUUGGAGAGGCUGGCCCCGGCGGCAUCAUCCACUCCAGGCACUAAGGCUACGCUCGCUGAGAAGCCGGUAUUGUUGUCGACCUUUCGGGAGACGCUGGCUCUCGGACAGCCGUAA